AUGGAAAUUGAUAAGGAAUACGGCGGAAUACGCAGCUUUGAAGUUCACGGUUACUUUGUCAGUCGACUUAAAGCAUUUGUAGCUGCAUUUCUGUUUGUUUCGUUUUUGAUCGCUGUUGUCGUUUUAGCUGCAUUGCUGGCUCACGAAAAGAGUAAAGGAGAUAUCACUGGAGUGUCAGGUAAUCAAGCUGGAAAUCAAGAGUCCCACGUGAAACAAAUGACCUGUAAUGUCGUCGUGGUUGGUGGGGGUAUAUCAGGAUUGUACAUGGCAGAGACACUCAUGCGGUUGAAAAAAGAAAACAACGUUUGCUUGUUCGAGAAAGAUUCCAGAUUUGGUGGAAGGAAUUACGACGUCAGGUUUAAGCAAGCACCAAACAUCAGCAUUAAUCUAGGAUCCUGGCGUGUGGAUAAGAAAAACAAAAGAGUGAUGGAUAUAGCGCGACGCCUCAACAUUCCCAUGUUGUCUAUUGGAAAACUCACAGACAUUUUUUUUCAAGCAAGAGGUGUUCGUGCAUACACCUUUCAGUCUCUUAAGGAAAAAGCUUUCCCUACGCUUAUGUCAGGACCGUUUUCCAAUAUGACGUGGUUGGAAAUGUAUCUGUUUGCUUGGAGGAACAUGACCAAAGAAAAAGCACUUGAGUUUCCUUUUUACCGAGACUUCAUGUGCGAAAGACUUGGAAGUGAAGGUUGCGAGCUACUAUAUGCCAGAUACGUUGACAAGAGAGAUUUCUACGAAGAAAGUACGUUAGACAAAUACGAAAACGAUGAAGCUGUCAGCUACUUUUCGUACGAUUUCUACAAACCAAGAGGCGGUAUAUCAGAUAUUACAACAGCAUUAAAAAUUUCUGCGCAGCGCUUUGGAGCAAAGCUGGUUUUAAAAGAGAAAAUAAAUGCUUUAGAGAGGAAGGCAGAUGGUUUUGACGUCCAUACGGAUCAUUUUAAAGUGUCCGCCAAAAAACUAAUUAUUGCUGUUCCGACUCUUCCAUUUGAAGCCAUUAGGGGAGAUGUCGCUGCAGAUGUCAAAAGUAAUGUUUUAUUUGGUUCCAUUCAGGGAGCAAACGCAUUUAAAGCAGUGGCCAUUUACAGUUCUCCUUGGUGGGAAGAUUAUCUUCCCAAACGGAACCGAACCGAGCCAAUUGUCGAAACGUUUUGGUCAGCAUCGACAUGUCUUGUGUUAGUCCCUUAUAAUGGACGAGGACCCCAAGGAGAAGCCAUUAUCCAAUUGUCGUAUGCCUGGUUGGGAUGCGCUGCAAAGUGGGGAAAGAUGUCUGAGCUUCCACGAUCAAUCUUUGAAGCGGAAAUAAAGAAAGCUGUCCAAGAAGUGUUUCCAGAUAAAGUUGUGCCAGAUCCACUGGAUAUGGUGUUCAAAUUUUGGGAUAAAGUAGCUUGGCAUGAAACAAAGGCAGGGUCCAACGUGAGCCGACACGAUGUGAAGAAAUGGGCGAAACGUCCUUUCCCUGGAGAAGAAAUUUACUUGGUUGGUGAAGCGUUUUCGUUACAGGUUGGAUGGAAUGAAGGAGCUCUGUCGAGUGCGUACAACGCACUCAAGGAAGGAUGGGAAAUAUCAGAUCCUGAGACGAAUUGA